AUGAUUGCAGAUGAGCACAAUUAUCAUGAUAAUGAAGUGAAUAAGGACAUAUCAGUUCAUCACAAAAUAUUCAGGGCGAUUGCUGAUGUCUUUCAAUCUGCUCAGAGCACUUAUGCCGGUCAUAGACGUCACAUUGCAGUUUUAAAUAAGAUUCACUCGAAAUGUGUGGACCAGAACUUACACGAAGCAUUCAAUUACUGGUUUAAUAAGUUGGUAGCUAAGAUUUUACCUUGUAAGAAGCAAGAUCCGGUUGGAGAUCGGAUUUCAAAAUUGGUAGCGGCUUUCAUAGCUAGUAAUGAGUUAACACUACAGAAACAAAGAGAUGAAGGGGAUUUGGAUGAAAAGAAAGAACAGAUUAUUGGCGCAUUCGUGAAUCAGCUUAUAAGGUUUUUGUUACGUGGGCUUGAAUCGCGAGAUAAACAUGUACGGUAUCGUUCAACUCAACUUCUGGCGGUUAUUAUGGACACAAUGGGAGAAAUAGAAGAAGAGCUUUAUAAUUUAGUUUUAUGGUCCAUGCAGAAGAGGAUGUAUGACAGAGAGCCCAAUGUUCGGAUCCAGGCUAUAUUCUGUCUUACAAAGUUUCAAGAUGAAGAGCAAAAUGCAUUGGAAGACCCUGCAACAUCAAAACUAAUACAUGCUAUCCAAAAUGAUCCAAGUGCUGAGGUCCGGAGAGCUGCAAUGCUGAACUUAGUGAAUACCAAGGAUACUAUAAAUUUUAUCGUCGAACGUUAUCGUGAUGUUAACGGUAUAAAUAGGAGGUUGGUGUAUUCUAAAGUUUUGAAAUCUAUGGGAUUAAAGGUAUUUAAAAUUAUAAAACCCAAACUGCUUGAAACAUUAAUCAAAGGCGGAUUAGAAGAUAGAGAUGAAACCGUAAGACAAGCUUGUGGUAAGUUAAUAGCAUUUGAUUGGAUGAAUCUAUUAAAUGGUGAUGUUAUUGGUCUUUUGGAAAAGCUAAACGUUACUAAAGGCGAAGUCGCCCAAAAAUCUCUGGAAGCAUUGUUCCAAUAUAGAAGCGACUUAAUAGAUAAAUUGAAGUUCCCUAAAGAAGUAUGGCAGGACUUAAAUAUUGUGACGGCGUUUCUUUUACGGACUUUUUACGAGUAUGCUAUUGAAAAUGAAAUGCGAGAAGUAAUAGAUGAAAACUUCCCAGAAGCCAUAGUUCUAUCAAAUUGCAUCAAAAGACUGGCUGAUCAAAGGUUUGGUGAUCAUGGAUUACCUUCAACAGAUAUAAAACGCUUAGACUUCAUUAUUGAGCAAAUGUUGCAUAUUGCUUACAAGUAUGAUUACAGUGAUGAGAUUGGCAGAAGAGACAUGUUGAACUUGGUAAGAAAUCUACUUCUUGGGAAAGGGUUGUCAGAAUCUUUAAUUAAGUGCAGUCUUCAAGUUUUAAGGAUACUUUCCAUUAAUGAGAGAGACUUCAUUACGAUGUCUGUGGAACUCAUUACGGAUCUACGAUAUGAAGACAUAGAAAAACAGGAAGUGGAAGAAGAAGCCAGGAAAGCUAACCGUAGCACUGGAAAAGUGGUUGAAGAUGGAAUUGAAGCUGAAGAAAAUGCAGUGGAUUCAUUUCAUUCAGCAGUGGAAAACCUAGUGAAUGGAGGUAGUAAUGCCGCUGAUAACUCAUCCGAUCGAGCAGAAAUACUGGAAGAAAAACAACCGAGGACUGAAACGCUCUUGUUGUGUUUGAUCCUAACGAGAUAUAUGCUUGAGCAAGUUGAGGCUCCAUUGGAUCAAAAUAUACUAAUCUCAUCGCUAAUGGAUACUUUGAUAACACCUGCAGUUCGUAAUACCCAGAGUAAUAUUAGAGAGCUUGGUGUUCGAUGCUUAGGUAUGUGUUGCCUUCUCGAUUCCCAAUUGGCAAUAGAAAGCAUGUAUAUCUUGGGUAUGUGUGUUUCCAAAGGUAACGCUGGUCUAAAAUAUAUUGCAUUACAGGUUAUUGUGGACAUUUUUUCUGUGCAUGGAUACAAUGUGGUCGAUGGUGAAGGCAAAGUUGAUUCUAUUUCAUUGCAUAAAAUUUUCUACAAAAUUUUGAAGAAUAGUGAACUACCUGAAUGCCAAGCUAUUGCUGCGGAGGGUUUGUGCAAGUUGUUUUUGAGUGAUGUGUUUACAGAUGAUGAUUUGUUUGAAACACUAGUACUCUCAUACUUCUCCCCCGCUAAUGCUGACAAUGAAGAACUUGUGCAAGCAUUUGCUUUCUGUCUUCCUGUAUACUGUUUUUCCCAUAGCAAUCAUCAAUCCAGAAUGGCUCGAAUUGCUAGUGAUAUAUUGUUGAGAUUAUCUGUGCUAUGGGAUGACCUGCAAAAUUCAACUGAUGUAGAUUCACCUUCAAAAGAUUCAAUGUUAAAGCCAAAUGCCAUAUUUCAGCAAUUAAUUGACUGGACUGAUCCAUUUAAAUUAGUCAAAGAAGAUUUAGCCAAUGCAGAAAAGCUUGAGUUUCAAUUAGACUUCUUGCUAGACGUACUAAAGUCUUACAAUAAGUUUGAACGUAGAGAUGUGAAAAAGAUGAUAAUAACUAACCUCUCUAAGUUUAAAAUUACUAAACAUCAUGACGUUAUAAAAAUAAAAGAAGUCGUUGAGCAUCUCCAUGAUAUCCUAGAAAAUGAUACAACGGAUAAAACAUGUAAAAAUUGCAUAACUAAUCUGCUGGAUAAUUACGGUAUGUUAAUUGCAGAUGUGGAGGAUCGUUCAAAAGAAAACAGUUUAAGUACUGAUAAUAACUCAGAAGAGCCACCGGUCGGAGCAGCAGGUGAAAAUCAACCUAAUUUAUCAUAUGUUGACCACCGUGGUGAAUAUGAGGACGGGAAUCAUACAAAGGGUGACGAAACCAAUUCCUCUACAAGUGGAUCUUCUGACUUGGGCAUUUCGACUGUGAAUUUAUCGAGUAAUUCUACGACUUUAAAAAGGACCAGGUCAAGAGAGCACAUAGCUGAAAAUGAUUAA